AACGAAACACACACACACACACAUACUCUUCGCUUCGGCCUUGCCUUUCCUUUCAUGUGAUUUCGUCGAAGAAAGAAACAAAGCUCCAACUCCAUAUCCCCACCCCCCUUUUGUGUCCUAAAUUUCCAACAGACUCUUAACCCACACGUUGUUACUACUUCUUCUUCUUCUUCCUUUUUCUCUUUUUAAUAUUAGAUCUUUCUUAAUUAUUAUGUUUUUCUCAGCCCUCCUCUGAAUGUACUGUGGAUAUGGCGGGACAGACUGUCAAAGUCCAGAGACAGGUGCUCGAGGAAUGCAUGACAUGUCCUCUUUGUAACAAGCUCUUAAAAGAAGCUACUACGAUUUCUUUGUGUCUCCAUUCCUUCUGCAGGAAGUGCAUAUAUGAAAAGCUCUCAGAUGAAGAGGUAGAUUGUUGUCCUGUAUGCAACAUUGAUCUGGGUUGUCUGCCAGUGGAGAAACUCAGGCCAGACCAUAAUUUGCAAGAUAUAAGGGCCAAAGUAUUUCCUUUUAAGAGAAGAAAAGUUAAUGCCCCUGAAAUUAUGCCUUCGAUGAUUGCAUUGCCAGCAAAAAGAAAGGAGAGAUCAUUAUCAUCAUUGGUGGUCAGCACUCCCAAAGUGCCAAUUCAAAAUGGCUUGACAGGAAGGAGAUCCAAAGCUGGUGCCAGAAAGGCCGCUGCAUUACGAGGAUGCAAUUUUACUGUUGAGGAAUCCAAGAAAGAAGAUUCUGCUGAAGAUAAUCCGAUGAGCCCAAGCUCACCAGGGUCUCCUGUCAAAAGUAUUCAAAAGAGAAGGCUGGAUUCCUCUGUGGCUGAACCUUCUACUGAGCAAAGACGUAAUGAUGAUGACGAGGAUGAUGAUGUUGAAAUAAUUGAAGGGAAGGCUGAUCUAUGGACCCCCUUGAAUUGUCUUGUUGAAGCUGCGAACAGAACCAAGUCCUCCAAAUCGCAUUCACAAGGGCUGUCUUUAGUCAAAUCUGGCAUGCUUGAUGAUCCUGAUUGUGAACCUCAUCUGUAUGAAACAAAAUCCCGAGCAGAAUCACCUGGUGGUCGUCACAGUGAAGUAUAUAUGUCUAAAACAAAAAAUAAGGAGCAUGGACAGGGAAUAGGAGUCCAAGAUGACAAGAAUGGGAAAAAUUCACUUCCCAUAUCAGUGAAGCGGAGAAGGUUAACUGCAGCACGAAAAAGGGCAGCUCUGUCUGAGGAGUUGAGUGCCUCAGCUCAAGCAAUGAUAGAUGCUGCAGGAGCUAAGAGCAAUAGAAGAAAUGGUCCAAUAUGGUUCUCAUUGGUUGCCUCUGAAGACCAGAAAGAAGAUGCUUCCUUGCCGCAGAUAUCCACAUGCUACUUGAGGAUUAAGGAUGGUAAAAUGCCUGUGUCUUUCAUUCAAAAGUACCUUGUAAAGAAACUUGAUCUCGAUAGUGAGACUGAGGUGGAAAUACUUUGCCGGGGUCAGCCUGUCCGGCCAACUUCGCAAUUACAGAACUUAGUAGACUUGUGGUUUCGAACUGGUUCGUCAUCAAAAAAAGUACCAGCCUCUGUGGGUUCGUCAGCUAAGGACUUCGUGAUGGUAUUGUCAUACUGUCGGAAAGUCCAAGAGUCUUAAAAUAUACCUUUAACCUGCCUGUCAUCUCGAUGAUUAUUUACAUCUUCAGUUAUGAAAUAUUUAUGUUGUUGGAUUUUCAACAUCUGUAACCUUUCUGUAACCUUUAAAUCAAAUCAUCACGUGCAUGCUGCUUUGUUUCAUGCAUGUGAUUACAUGUAUGAAUAUAUUUAUAUUUCAUUUAUUAUAAUAGAGAGCCAUAUCACUUACGUUUGUA